AUGGCCACCUAUUCCGAAGCAAGUUUCAAUUCGCAGCACUAUGACGACUCGAGACCCAAUUACCCUGAACGAUUCUACUGCGAGUUGAUUAAUUAUCAUAAACAAAAAGGUGAUACACAGCUUGCAGUCGAUAUUGGUUGCGGUUCAGGUUUUGUAGCCUUUAAGCUACUUGAAUACUUCAAACAUGUAAUAGGGACUGAUCCGUCCUCUACUAUGAUUUCCCAAUGCCAAGGCAACAUCCCAAAACUCCCCGAAAACAAGACAAUUGAAUUUAUUAUUGGAUCAGGGGAGUUGCAACCAUCAACGAUCGUGCCAGGUUCAGUUGAUCUAAUUACUGGUGCCGAAUGUUGCCACUGGGUCGACCAUGCCAAAUUUUUUUCAGAAUCCGCAAGGGUUUUGAAACCUAAUGGUACUUUAGCAUAUUGGUUUUAUAAAGACCCUGUUUUUGUAGGAUAUCCAAAAGCAAAUGCAAUUUAUGAAAAUUACACCUAUAAUUCCUCAAAGGAGAUGAACCCGGAUGAUGAAUUCGAAAGAUAUAUGGGUCCGUAUUAUCAACAACCAGGUCAUGAUUAUUUACGUUCAUUAUUGAAGGAAAAAUCUCCCCCAACCGAUUUGUUUUAUGACAUUGUGAGACAUGAGUACAUAUCGGAACGUGAUGGUGCUCCUACUGAGAAUGAAAAUGCUUAUGUCACGAAAACACCGUUAUUUAUUCGUAAGGUGAUUGACAUGACAUGGUUUUUGAAUUACGUUAGAAGCUGGAGUGCCUAUCACACAUGGAUGAAAGAACACGGUGGCAAGUAUGAUAUUGCGGAGGUAUUUGUUGAUGAGUUGAAACAGCAAAUGGACUGGAAAGAUGACACAAAGAUUGAGGUCAUUUGGGAUACAGUAUAUACAUUUGCCAGAAAAAAGUGA